AUGUCCAGGCUAGCAGGCUGUGAUCAUACAGUAAGGCUUGCUCGGAAACCUGAGGUAUGGUCCACCAAGGGGCAUACCAAGAAACGAGCAAUCAGGGAGAGUAGGGCAAAGGGCUCUGGGCUCAUCCUUGCGGAUUGCAGCAUGACAGAGAAAGUGCCAGGCAAGCAGGCUGUGAUCACAUGUUUAAUGUUCUGGUCACUGGUCUCAGUCUGGCAGAUCAGUUUUUCAGGUGCAGACUCUGAACUGUUACAAAAAGUGUUCGAAGAUGAACUAUCCAUUUUCAUAGUUGAGUUAGUGAGCCUGGAAUACAUGCUGAUUGUCUAUGCCAAAAUCUCUAUCAUGCAGGAGCACAGGAACAAGCCUGGGAAAGACAGAACUAGGGAGGGUCUCAGGAAUAAGAAUCUCAGGAAUCAUAACGGCAAGAUCUGGGCUAUGAAGCAAAUUGACCGAGCAAGGAGCAAUGGUCAAGGACAGGUUUAUAAAUGUCCUGAUUACGGGAUGUUGCAGCUAAGAUUUGUGGUAAAAGCUCUAUCAAUGAUGUACAUGAUAGAGAGCAUUAACAAUUCUACCCUGUUACCAGGAAUAAAACUGGGCUAUGAAAUCUAUGAUUCCUGCUCUGAUGUUUUCAAAGCUGUGCAAUCAACAGUUAAACUCUUUCCUGAGCUAGAGACAUGGAACAACCUUCUUUCCAGCAAUAACACAGAAAAGACUCCUACAGUGAAAGCUGUUAUAGGUGAAACAUUUUCGGAAUUGUCAAUAGCUAUAUCCAGGAUACUAAGUCUUCAUUCAAUCCCUCAGAUAAGUUUGGAAUCAUCUGUCCCAAGUCUUAGUGACAAAUUAAGGUUCCCUUCCUUUUUGAGGACAGUUCCAAGUGAUAAACACCAAACACGGGCCAUUGCCAAGCUCAUUAGGACCUUUGGAUGGAACUGGGUUGGAAUAAUUUCGAGUGAUGAUGAUUAUGGACAGUCUGCUGCUGACUUGCUGAAUAUAUACCUAGAACAAGAAAUGAUUUGUACAGCAUUUUCAAAGAUCCUUCCUUCUAAUGUAGGCCAUCCUUCUAUGAAGAAAAAAAUUACAGAUUUAAUCAGUGAACUUAACAGUUCCUCUGCCAAUGCAAUUAUCAUUAUUGCCAAAGGUCCCACUGUCAUUAAUGUUUUUCAAGAAGUUAUAAGAAUGAACAUAUCUAAAAUCUGGAUUGCAACUGAUAUCUGGUCAACCUCAAGAGAAGUGCUGAACAUGAAAGAUAUUGCUAAAGUUGGUGUUAUAUUUGGAUUGAUGUUCCAGGCUAAACUUGUCCAAGGAUUUACAGAAUAUUUGCAGAAUCUCCAACUUCCGCCAUACGGAGCCACAAACAGCUUUUUGGAAGAAUAUAAAAAUAUUCGUUUUGGCUGUACUAAAGAAUAUAGAGAGCACUUAGAAUGCAUGAAUUCAUUAGCAAAAAACUGUUCUGUAUUUGAUGCUGGAAAAGAGAAAUCUCCUCUAGCAUGUAAAAUAGAGAAUGUAUCUCUUGCAAACGAUGACUAUUUGGUGCGGAAUAUUGAUUGGAGCGCACCUUAUAGAACAUUUCUGGCAGUUACUGCUAUUGCCCAAUCGCUUCACAAUAUUUUGUGCAAAAAUGGGAAAUGUGAUAAAAAUAUAGAUUUUUCACCAUCUGAGGUAAGCUUAAACAGUUUGCUUGAUUUAAGCUGGUUUAGUACUCCUUUAAAGGACCUGAAAUUCUCAAUCACGUGGACUGUCAGUUUGUUUGGCAGCACCUCAGGGACUAUAAUCUCUAACCCAGGGCCAGCUGAAGGUUCAGGGUAUGGGCACCCAGACCACAAGCUUUUGAAAGAAAUAAGAAAAGUUAAAAUUCCCUUCAAAUCUGAAUAUUACUCUUUCGAUGUGAAUGGAGAUCUCUUAAGUGGAUAUGAUAUAAUCAACUGGCACACAUUUGGAAUGUACCCAGCAUUUAAAGCUGUUGGACAAUAUGAUACAAUAACAUCUGAAAUAAUGUUAGAUGAACACAUUAUCUUUUGGAAUAAUCAGGGCAAUAAGAUUCCUUUUUCCAAUUGUUCCAAGUCAUGCCGUCAAGGGUUUUACAAAAAGCAUUCCUUGGUUAGUUGUUGUUACAGUUGUAUUCCUUGUCCAGAAGGCUACUUCUCUCCAGAAACUGAUAUGAAUGCAUGUAUUAAGUGUCCUGGCCAUCAGUGGUCAAAUAAUGGAAGCUCUCACUGUGAAAACAGGACAGUUGAAUAUUUCCAAAGAAAUAACCCAUUUGCUAUUACUUUAAUGAGUUUUGCAGCAUUUGCCUUUUUGCUGGUGCUAAUGAUAGGGAUCCUAUUUAUUAAUUACAGUGAUACAUCAGCAAUGCAAGAUGCAGGAGGUAAUUAUAGCUACCUUCUGAUUGCAUCCCUAUUACUAAGCUUGGUGAGCACUGGAUUUUUCAUUGGUCAGCCAAGUGAUAUAAUUUGCAAAGUCAGGCAACCCCUCUAUGGGAUUGGCUUUACUCUAUGUCUGUCUUUUAUUUUUACAAAAUCUCUACAUAUUAUUUUAACCUACCAGUCAACAAAAACAGAACAAAGGGUGGGCACUUUAUUAAACCAGCCUGUAGCUAUUAUUAUUUUAUUAACUGGUUUUCAGCUCUGUAUUUGUUUGUUAUGGAUUAUUCUGAAACCUCCUUUUGUCAGAGAAAUCUACACCAUGCCCCAGCUGCUUAUUCUUCAGUGUGAUGAGGGAUCCUAUGUGGCAUUUGGCAUGAUGUUGGGGUACACUGGCAUUCUUGCAUUUACUUGUUUUAUUCUUGCAUUUCAUGGUAAGAAUCUACAAAGCAGAUACAAUGAGGCUCGAUGCAUCACAUUCAGUAUGCUAAUAUACAUUUUUGUGUGGAUUAUAUUUAUUCCUAUCUACAUAAAUACCAGUGAUGUAUUCCAAUCUGCAGUGGAAAUUAUUGCCAUGUUAGCUUCAGUUUAUGGAGUUAUAGCUUGCCAACUUCUACCAGCAUGUUAUACUAUUUUGUUCAAAAGAAAAAGAGUCAAGAAUGUAAUACUUACGAACAAUCCUACAAAGGUAGCUACGGCUAAAAUAAGAAGACGGCAUAAAAGUUACUAGGUGAAUCUAAAUUUUCCGCCUAGGUUUACUUAGUGUUUAGAGGGCUACAAAAAUAGAGAGGAAAAAAAUGAUUCCUUUUAGUCAGACAAAAAGAAGAGCUAUCAAGACACCACCUAUAGUAACUACCUUCUCAUAUAUACCAAGCCAAUCAGUUUACUAGCUCUCAGUUGCUAUGGCUUCUAUCAUCUGGUAUGUAUGGUCUGAUGGGAAAAAAUAUGCACAGGGAUAUGAAAGAGGUAGCAUCCCCUACUGUGCAGGUAGUCUCAAAGAGCUAACCUAUGCCCAGUGAUCAGAAAGUAUUCCCAUUGGCCCAGGAGUAUUAUGGAUAUUUUCCUAGUCUAUGAAAAGACCCAUAGAGCUUGCUCCUUGGAAUGCAUAUUAGAAAGAAGUAGAAGUGCUGGAUGUUAAAGGAGGUUAGAAAGUCUAGAAAAUGAAGGAAAGUCAACACCUUAGUGGAAGUCAGGGUUAUGCAUUUUGGCAAGUAACGCACUAGCUCCUGUUAUAGCACACUCUAGUAAGGUCAGUCAGUUAGGAAUAGCUAGCAACAGAAUUGUUUUGUUCCCCCUCAUGGAGAAAUAGUUAG